UGGGGGGUGUGUUUAUAAUAUUGAAAAAGUUAACCGGAAAGUAACGCAAAAUAUAAUAUACAGAUACAAUUGGGAAUUUUCAGAAUUACACAUUUUAGACAAACACAGCGGAGAGUUGGAGACCCUCUUUUGAAGUUUUGGGUUGUGAAGCCCAAGAAGUUCAACAAUCUCUGUAACCAUGGUUCUCGAGGCGACUAUGAUCUGCGUCGACAAUUCCGAAUGGAUGCGAAACGGCGAUUACUCUCCCUCCCGAUUGCAGGCUCAAGCUGACGCCAUUAAUCUCAUCUGUGGUGCCAAAACCCAGGCUAAUCCGGAGAAUACAGUUGGGGUAUUGACAAUGGCGGGCAAAGGGGUUCGGGUUUUGGCUACUCCAACCUCUGAUCUUGGCAGGAUUUUGGCUUGCAUGCAUGGUCUGGAGAUGGGAGGUGAGAUGAACAUAGCAGCUGCAAUCCAGGUAGCUCAGCUGGCUCUUAAGCAUCGUCAAAACAAAAAUCAACAACAGCGGAUUAUUGUUUUUGCUGGAAGUCCUGUUAAAUUUGAAAAGAAGUUGUUGGAAUCGAUAGGGAAGAAAUUGAAAAAGAACAGUGUUGCUCUUGACAUUGUUGAUUUUGGUGAAGAGGAUGAUGGGAAGCCAGAGAAGCUGGAGGCCCUUCUGUCUGCUGUUAAUAAUAAUGAAAGCAGUCAUAUAGUACACAUCCCUCCUGGUCCAAAUGCUCUCUCGGAUGUUCUUAUAAGUACACCUGUAUUUACUGGUGACGGAGAAGGAGGAAGUGGUUUUGCAGUGGCGGCGGCAGCAGCAACUGCUGCUGCUAUUGGUGGCUCUGGGUAUGACUUUGGAGUUGAUCCCAACAUUGAUCCUGAGCUUGCUCUUGCCCUUAGAGUUUCUAUGGAAGAGGAAAGGGCUAGGCAAGAAGCUGCUGCCAAAAGAGCUGCUGAAGAAGCUGGUGGGAAAGGAGGGGAACCGUCAUCCAAAUCAGAAGAUAUAACCAUGACAGAUCAAGCUAAUGUUUCUUCUCCCCAUGAGGAUAAGAAACAUACUGAUAAUAUGGUUGAUGAGAAUGACUUGCUGAAGGAGGCUCUUGCAAUGUCAAUGAACGUCACUGGAACUGGUCAUUCAGCAGGUGAUACUGAGAUGUCCGAAGCAACUAGUACGGAUCAGGAGUUGGCAUUAGCUCUUCAAAUGUCGAUGCAGGAAAGUGCAGGGGAGCCAUCCUCCCAGACCGAUGCGAGCAAGGUGUUGGAGGAUCAGUCUUUUAUAUCAUCUAUCCUUGAAUCUCUUCCAGGAGUUGACCCCAACGAUCCUUCAGUGAAAGAUCUUCUUGCAUCUCUGAAGAAUCAGUCUGAGCAGAAGGACAAAGAAGAACCAUCGAAUGAGGACAAAUGAAGAUUGUGACUAGAACGACUUCUGUAUCUUGAAAGUAAGCAUUCAGAUUCUGAGGGAGGCUUCUUUAAAUUGUGGGAGGAUGAUACAAGAACAGAUGUAGUUUAGGGUUUUAGUGAUUAUACUUUAAUCAAAUUAUUCUGCAUUUAUAUUCGUGUUGAGCAGAACUUAAGCAAUGGGAUGAACUCUUCCAAACUUCUUGACAUCAUUUACAGUUGUUUUAUUGGACAAAAAAAGAAGGAUAAGAACAGAGAGAUUUCCAGAUUCCAUA